UCGGGGUUUGCUAAUCAGAGGGGAAAGGUCACGCAGGUGUGUCAGGAAGUGAGCUUCUGCCUUCGUAGCGGAUAAUAGAAAAUAUUAUGCCGAGUUAGAGCGCAAUAAAGAAAACCAAAAGAGUGACGCGAGAGGAAAGUUCUCACCAAAACUGACUGGAACUUUUUUGUUGUUGUUUUUUUCUUUUUUUUUACUGCUUGUCACCGUGGUAGAAAAUGCGGUUACGUGACUGAUGAGCUCGAUGUGGCCUAUGGUGAAUACAGCACGUCUAAAAGAAUGUCCUGUCACGACUCACGGCCGUAAUAAUUAAGACUCUUCAAAAAAAAUCCCCAACCUUUUAUUUCUGGAAAAAAUGAAAACAAAAUUGAAGAAACUGGACCCAAUUUGAAGAGACCAAGAUCUGCCAUGUUGCCCAAGCUUCCUUUCUAUAUCCUUUUCUCUUUGCGAGCUGCUCUCCUGGUGCAGGGCAACACUACUGAUUCGUCUAAGAAGAGCCCAGCUGCCAUAGCCAGCCCUCCACCGCGCCCGCCUCCUCCCCUGGGUGACCCCAGCUGGGCUCUGGGUCUCCGUCUCUACCAGGCCUUCCGCUCUGACUCAAGCUCAGUGAAUACACUUCUCUCCCCUUUGCUUGUGGCCUCCUCGCUUGGAGCACUAGGUGAAGGAUCAGCAGGCACCACUGCCAGCCAGCUCCAUGACCUCCUCAAGUCCUCACCCCCCACCAAGGCUAGAGACCAUGCUGGGGAGUUUCUCUCUGGGUCAUUGAAGAGCUUCAUUGAAGCCAAUGGGACCAGCUUUCAUCUACACACAUCCUCUGCUCUGUUUUCCAAGGAAGCUCCUCCAGUCAGCAAGGUGUUUGUGAAGGAUAGCCAGGCCAGGUUCAAGUUGCAGCAUCUGCCACUGGGGAAAGGAGACUCUAAGGCUGACCUCAAGCAGCUCCAUGGCUGGGCUAAAGCUGGGCUCGGUGGGCAGGAGGGAGCUCCUUUAGCAGCUGAAAUCCAGGCUAAAGCUGGAGCCCUGAUACUGACCAAUGCUCUGCGCUUCACAGGGUUAUGGGAGAGAGAGUUCAGUGAGGAGAACACAGAUCUUCGUACCUUCCUGGGGAAGAAGUACACCAAAGUGAUAAUGAUGCACAGAGCAGGUUUGUACCGUUACCACGAAGACAUGGAAAACAUGGUGCAGGUUCUGGAGGCACCUCUGUGGGGAAGUAAAGCCAGCGUGGUGCUCCUGCUUCCUUUCCACGUUGAGAGUCUGGUGAGGCUGGAUAAACUUCUGACCCUCGAGCUGCUGUCCAAAUGGCUGGAGAAGGCCAAUAUCACCAGUGUGAGCAUCUCGAUGCCCAAGGCGAACAUCACCAGCGCACUUAGUCUGCAGAAACAGUUGUCUGCUCUGGGCUUGACUGAUGCCUGGGACCAGAAAGUGGCCGAUUUCUCUGGGGUGUCAGACAAGAGCAAGGGGAAACUCCACCUGAGCGCAGUCCUCCAGUGGGCCUCGAUGGAGUUGACUGCUCAAGCUGGAAAAGGAGAGCUGGAGGAGGAGAACGUAGAAAAGCCCAAGAUGUUCUACGCCGAUCACCCCUUCAUCAUCUUUGUUCGAGACAAUGCUACUGGAGCCCUGCUGCUGAUGGGAGCUCUGGACCAUGCAGAAGGAGAAGCCCUCCAUGAUGAACUGUAACACCCUCUAACAUAUAUCCUUUUUUCCUCUUUUUUUUUUUUUUUUUGCUCUGUCUCUUCCACACUCCACACUUUUCUAAGUUGAGACAUUGUCAUUCACUGUGGCACACUAUCACGUCAGACUACAGCUGGCUGUCACACAUUGACACUGCACAGUCUCGAGUUGACUGACACUGACACUGCCUUACCCGACACUUACACAGUCACACACACACAUACCGACACCGACAUGGCAUACAUAAAUGAAGAUACUGUAAGAGACAUUACUAAAGUUGACGGAUACAGAAAACUUCAGACUCUCUGCGCUUUCUCUCUCCCACGCAUGUGCACCCACACACACACACACACACAUGCAAGGCCCCAGUGAUCAACGCGAAACAAAAUGACAAACAAGAGUGUGCUGACAAACACUAACAUGCUGACAAGCAGAAGUGGUUACACUGGCACAACACUUGCGGCAGCAUCAACAAAGAACUUUAACGAAGUGAGGCACGCAGUGACACUUGAAUCCUCCCUGUCAGGCAAACACCAGGGCAGGUGUUUGUGUGUGUGUGUGUGUGUGUGUGUGUGUGUGCGCGUGCGUGUGUGCUUGCACAUGGUGACUAACAGAUCAAGGGUGCCCAUGAGGCAGCUCUUGGAGCUGGCAGGGACCUGUGGCGGCGUCCCCUGGGCUACAUCUGUGGAAGACUGAUGGAUCGGCCAAGUGCUUAUUGAUGAGCCAGCUUAAUGCUAAUGGCCGUAAUGAGUCAAAACGCUUGUCAACAACACGGGGAGGACAGGGGAACCUUUUAAUCUCUUAAUACCAUCAGGGAUCAAUGACCCCGUGAUGCCGCUGGAAGCAAACAUCUGACUGACAUCGCUUGACUUAAAUGUAACGACUUAAUGUUUAGGAUGAUUACAGCUAUUCAAGUAGCUAUUGAUUUCCAUUUGUAUAUGUGUUUUUAAAGCCUCAGAGUGGAUGGUUGAGAUAUGAAUGAACUUCAGUAGCUACUGCAUGUUUGAUAUGAGAAUUUUAAAAAAUGUCUGCUCGAGCCACAGUGUAGUUAUCAGUCUCUUUACCCGAUCUUGAUACAAACCAGUCACUGAAACAUGUACUAUUAAUAUAUAAUACAUGUGGACUGCCACAGCUUCAUCUUUAGUGACAGCACUGAUUCAGGCUAAGACCGGAGGCCUUUUUUUUUUUUUUUCUCCUCUGCACAGAAAUGUGUUGGCUGACAUUGAGCCUCAAGGGUGCGUGGAAGCCGAUUUAAAGCCCUGAACUAGCAUCAGUCAUUGCAUUUUGAGGGACAACACAUGAUAGUCUUGAAAGUGCAGCAACAACUAUGUCAACACACUCAUUUCCCAACAAACAGACAAGGUUAAAUAUGUUUCUUCCACUUCUACCAACGCAUAACUGAGAAAUAAAAUAUGAGUCAACAAAAAA